ACUAAUUCUAGCGAGCAUUUAAUCAUAACUCCGAAAUGUCCAAGCGCAAGGCAGAAUACGUCGUGGAGGAAGACAAUUAUCUGGACGAUUUGGUGCGCGAUAAACAGAACAAUCAACCCUCCACCAGUAAACAUACGCUUGAUUCCGACGAGGAGGACGACAGCGGUGACGAUGCUCCAUACAAUGUGCUGGAUGAUAAUGAAAUCGUUGGCGAGGAAGACGGUGCAGCACGGAUCGACGGGGAAACAAAAUUUACUCCAUUCAACAUGAAGGAAGAGAUGGAGGAAGGACACUUCGAUGCGGACGGACACUAUCUUUGGAAAAAAACAGCCGAGGUGAAGGAUCACUGGCUGGACAACAUCGAUUGGGUGAAGCUGAAGAACGAUCCCAACUAUAAGGAGCGUCCCGAUAAGGGGGAAGACCGUGGUCUGGCCGAUUCCGAUUCGGAUGAGGAAGAAGCAGAGGCUAGUGUAAAGUUUGACGAUAUCGGUACUUACCAGCAGAUGCUUGAUCUGAUGGAACCCAAAGAAACGGUCAAGCGGGCACUGCAACGGUUGGGUAAAGGUAGCGCAAAGCUGACGACUGCACAACGCUGGAAGCUGAAAAAAGCGGGAAAAUCACCGGAUGAGGCAAGCGCAAAGAUAACGAAGCUAACGGAGCUAUCGAACGAUAUACUUACCAACAACGGUAACAUGGACGUGUACGAAGAAACGUUCGAAAUGAUCCAGAAGAAGGUUUCCGAUGCGGAGAAGAAAAAGGCGGCCACCGCUGAUCCCGGCGACGAGCUCGAUAUGUAUGCGGAUGAUUUCGAUAGUCGCGAAAAGAACAAACUCGGUAGUGCUGAUGGUGGUAAGGAUACAGAUGGGGACAAAACUUCCACUUCCUCCGGGAAGGAAGGAGACAGUAAGGAAAAUACCAAGGACGAUACGGAACAGAAAAGCGGACAGGCCAAAACGCUGAUGUGGGAGUAUAAGGAACAGCAGGACGGGGAAACGGUACACGGCCCUUACACGACGGAACAGAUGCAAAAAUUUGCAGACGAGGGACGGUUCAGUAGUGGUGCGUUUGUGCGGAAGGUCGAUAGUGACGAUGCACGGUUCUAUUCGGCGGCAAGGAUCGAUUUUGACCUGUACCUGUAAUG